UGAAAAUAAUGUAUUUGAGAAACAUAGUUUGUAAAAUUGCACACUCUUGCGUUAUACAAUCAUGUGUUGAAGUAUUAUAUUUAAAAGACUUGGGUUUGAAAUUCGUUUGACGUAUUUAUGUAGACUGUCAUAUAUCCAAACAUAACUGCAUGCACAAUAGUAUACAGAGUUCUGAACAACGCAGGUGUGCAUAAUUACCAGAUAUUUCGUAUCCAGAAAGGUAAUACACACAAGCCACGUUGGAUUGUUUUUGGAAGCUUUAUAUAGUAGUGAUUAGGUUCUAUAGACGCAGAAUCAAGAAAAGCAAGGAAUUCAUACACAACCUAACCAAGAUGCCAACACAGCUUUCUGCAGAUGCAGAGGUUCCAGAAAUCAGAGUGAAAACUGCCUAUAAUGAGAAAGUGAUGAUUACAUACGUCGAUCCACAUGUCACUGUGGAGCAGUUGUGUCAAGAAAUGAGGGAUAUUUGCUGUUUUCCUCCAGAUCAAGUUUUCACCAUGAAAUGGGUAGAUGAGGAAGGUGAUCCAUGUACAAUCUCGACUCAGAUGGAACUGGACGAGGCCAUUCGUCUGUAUGAGGUCAACAGGGAUUCGGAACUCACCAUACACGAAUAUCGCCGAAGAGCUUCGCGUUUUUGGUACGAGAAGGAACUUCACACUUCACACACUUCAGUAUCGCCGACGCUGUUGAAGAAGAAAGUUGUUGGAAAAGGUGAAAAAUACGAGAACAGUGCACACAGCUAAGGGCAGAGGAGAGAGGGUCUCCAACUAGCAGGUUUGUGAGUGA